UGCUUGCUCAGAUCCCAACGUAAUCCGAGUGACGCCUUCCGCAGAGCCCUCAGAGGGAAGAAGCUCUUCGAGGCUCCGUUGAUGCCGAAUUGUGCGAACCGGAGACGAGUGGAAGCUUGGGGACAUUGAAGAGGUGGUGAUUGUGGAGAUGGAUUUGGUUGAAGUGCCCCAGAAAAGAGGUAAAGUUGCUCAUGGGUUGGUUCUGCACAGUGGAAACAAGAAAGUUGAAUUCUUCCCUUUGAAGGGAGAGCCAACCUUUGCCUCCAGUUAGGUGGCGACUUGUCAACUGUCUUGAGGAUUAGUGGGCUCUGAGAAGCUGCAGCAGUUGGUGUGAGGGUCAGUCCCCAUCCACUUAAUGGGUGCACAAUGGAAUGCACUGGGGACAGUGGGGACAUUAUCGAACUUUAGGCACAAGUUCUUUGAAAUUAUUGUCCCAUCCUGGUUUCCAUCAUGGAGACAAAAAUUCAGCUUUGUAAUUGACAAAAAUAUUUUCCACACCCAUUAUCCCACUUUAUCCACACAGUUAACCGUACGGUCUCACAGAUAACUCAGAAUGUGUUUGGCAGGCACAGAAGUGUGGGGCUGACAUCAACACUACUAGACCAGUGUAUCUUGAACUUUAGUCUAUGACCUUCUGUGCCAGAAUUCCCUUCAAGGGUGCUUUUUGGAUUUCGAGAUGUCACCUCAAAAUCAACCAAUCAUAAUUUAAAGGUGAGACUUAGCAGUCUACAUCUUAAGAAAGCUUUAAGAGAUUUUUUUUUUAAACCAUUGAGUCUGCUUCGAAGAUUUUAAGUAGAAUAUGAUGGGAACUUACUUAUUCUAGUUUGUAGACUGGAGAGUUCUGGUUUCUGGGAUGUAUAGAACAACUGGAUUCAAGCCCAGAGAAGCCAAGUCCCUGGGCACACCCCACCGUACUGCAAAGUAACAGUUUGGUUUGGAUUCCCUGCAAUCUUUGUUAGCAGGGAGUGCAUGUGGUGUGAUGAAGGGAAUCUUAGAUUGUAGUCUGAGUAGCGAGAUGGGUCUCGACCCUGUCACUGCUGGCUGCUUGCCCUUAGCUCUGUCUUCCCAGGACUCCCUCCUUUCCCACGAGAAGAGUGCAGAAGGAGAAGUGGCCUCUCUGAGACUCACAGCCAAGUCCCAGGAAACCAUGACAUUCAAGGAUGUGGCCAUGGACUUUACACCAGAGGAGUGGGGGAAACUGGAUCCUGCCCACAGGGACGUGAUGCUGAAGAACUACAGGAACCUGGUCUCACUUUGGCUUCCCGUUUCCAAGCCUGAUAACUAUAAUUUGGAUGAUGGAAAAGAACUAUUGAAGCUUGAGAAAAAACCUCCCAAAGGCAGUCACUCAGAUGUGGAAAUUAGACCUGAAAGCAAGGAUUCAACUUCAGUGCAAGAGUUUUCCACAGAAGAAUCAAGCCAGGUUACAAGAGCAGAAAAGCAGACAGGAAAUCCCGUUUCUGACUGCACCUUGGAAACGGCUCAUGAUGGAGAACACUGGCUAGAGCGUCAGCAAGGGAGCCGGGAAAAGGACUUAGGACAAAUGUUCACUCACCUGAACUCACUUCCUGUGGAGAAGCAUCGUGAACAGGAUAUCUGUUGGGAAAAUGGCAGUCGGAAGUCUCUCCUGAUGACCGAGGAGGGAGUUCCCAAAGGGCCCUAUGGCUUUCAGACACUUGGGAAAAGACUGGAGCAGAAAUCAGGCUUAAUGAAAAAGCAGAGAGCUCCUAAGGAGAAAAAGCCUCAUAAGUGCGGUGACUGUGGUGAGCUCUUCACGUACCACUCCGUCCUCAUUCGACACCAGCGCGUUCACACUGGGGAGAAACCCUACACCUGCGGUGAGUGUGCCAAGUCCUUUAGCCACAGAGCCAAUCUAACUAAGCACCAGAGAACUCACACCAGAAUUCUCUUCGAGUGCCGUGAAUGCAAGAAAACCUUCCUGGAAAGCUCAUCCCUCGCUGUCCAUCAGCGAGUUCACGUUGGAGAGAGACCGUACGAGUGCAGCGAGUGCGGGAAAGGUUUUAACCGGAGCACACACCUCGCCCAGCAUCAGCUGAUUCACACUGGGGUGAAGCCCUAUGAAUGUAACGAAUGCGAUAAAGCUUUCAUUCAUUCGUCAGCACUCAUCAAACAUCAAAGAACUCAUACUGGAGAGAAGCCCUAUAAGUGUCAGGAGUGUGGGAAAGCCUUUAGUCAUUGCUCCUCCCUUACGAAGCACCAGAGAGUUCACACCGGAGAAAAGCCCUACGAGUGUAGCGAGUGUGGGAAAACCUUCAGUCAGAGCACACACCUCGUUCAGCACCAGAGAAUUCACACUGGGGAGAAGCCCUAUGAAUGUCAUGAGUGUGGGAAAACCUUUAGCCGGAGCUCAAAUUUUGCCAAGCAUCAAAGAAUUCAUGUUGGAAAGAAGCCCUACAAGUGCGGAGAGUGCGGGAAAGCCUUCAUUCAUUCGUCGGCUCUUAUUCAGCACCAGAGAACUCACACUGCAGAGAGACCUUUUAGAUGUAACGAAUGUGGGAAGAGCUUUAAGUGCGGUUCAUCCCUCAUCCGACAUCAAAGGGUUCACACUGAAGAGCAACCCGGAAAACUUACUGACCGUUAAGAGAUGUAAGCUGGCUUUAUCACUGUGUUUAAUAUUUGAAUAUUUAAGUGGAAGGCCCAUAAUAGGACCCUUGGGAGCUUUUGUAUAUGUAAUUUCACUCGUCCAGUGUAUAAAUUUGAACAACAGAUAAUGAAAACCUCUGGAUCUAGGUCUCAAAAUUUUUUAUUCCCAGUUUUCCAAAUACCCAAUAUUUUUAAAAUUCUGGCUAUAGAUCUCAAAUUUUUUAUUUCCAAAAUUUCAAAUACCCUGUUCUUUUUUGAUUCAAGAAAUGUUUGGGAGACAGUAGUGAUGUGGCUUUUAGUAAGAGCAGGGCCUGCUGGAGCCUUUCAUUUUUUGUAGGUUAGGCUUGAGACUUAACAGCCUUAUCCUUGGGAAGACACAGUCAUUGCUCUGAACUCAGACACAUGCUAUUAUUUUCUUAGAGAGUAAUUUCUGUGUUAGAAAAGAAAGGUUGAUAGGUGAAAGUUGCUUAGGAUUCCACCCCUACAAAGUGCUGUCUAAUCUGAUGAACAUAACUAACAUGUAUUUAUAAUCGGUUCUAAGUUAGGUUUACAUGAAGAAUAUUGGUCAUUGAUUCUCAUGAAUCACACUGUUAUCCCUUUGUUUUGAAGAUUCAUUUUCUAGUUCCCUUGGAGUUACCCUAAAGUACUUAAUGGAUCAGAGUCUUCACUUUUGUUUGCCAGGGUCCUCUCUGCCCAUCUUGGCACUGAUGGAGCACUCGGUCUUUAUAAUCAGAUUAUCAGGGAGAGUUCGUUCCUCUACAUUAUUUGACUUUCUGUGAACUAUGCUCUGUCACUUUUAGAAAACUCCCUAAGUGUAUUGUAAUUUGAAUAUAUCUGAAAAGUCGAUAGGGGUCAAUGCAUUAUUUUAUUUGGGGUCCCAGUCAAAAAGAGAGCUGAAGGAACUAUGAGGCACCAUGGCAUACUUUCCUGUCAAGUAUGGGAAAAGCUCACAGAACAAGCCUGAAGUGUCUUACCUGAAGAUAAACAUCUUUCUUCCUUCCAUUUAUCUGGAUUUCAUGUUUUACUCACAUUAUUUUGUUAUUCUUCCAUACAUUGGUUGGUCUUUAUUCCUGAUCUCUUAAGUAAACAUGGCAUGAAAUAAUAUUGAUCUGUUAGUGUGACAGAGAUGGUCAAAAGCCAGUGAGAGGAUGGGAAACAAACAAAAGCUCAAAUAAGUGUUUAGUAAAACAAUAACACAAUGUCGGUUUUUCAUUAUUCUAUUCUGUAUUGCAAGUUAUAUAAGAAGAAAAUAUAAAAAAAAACUAUAGGAAAAAAAUAGUCACCGUUUUUUAGUGUCUCAUCUCUUGGGUCCUACUCUUCCAGUUCAUGCUCUUGCCUCCCCACUAUGAUGCAUUUCACUACACUUUGCAUAUUAUGACUAAGACAAGCUAGGGGCUACUUUAAAGAAGUGGUGUAGCGGAAAGAACUGUCUGAUGGGUGAAUGGAGUAUAAAUUCAGUAGUGACAGAUAUCACAAGAAGUUGGGGAAAGGGCUCUUUAUAAAGACAUUUUGGAAUGAACAGAAACUCACUUGAGGAGGGUAAAUUGGGUGGAAAGUCUUAGUGUCUGUCUUAGGGUUUCUACUGCCGUGAUAAAACACCAUGACCAAAAGCAACUUGGGGAGGAAAAGGUUUAUUUGGCUUUCACUUCCACAUCAUAGUAGUAUCAUUGAAGGAAGUCAGG